AUGGCUUCCCUUCCAUUCCCAAUUACAUUGCCUUCCUUGACCAAGUCCCAGCUCACCCACGUUGGUGUAAAGUCUCCUGAAGACGUUGUUGUUGUCUCUGCCGUCCGUACUGCUCUUGGAAAGGGACGCAGAGGUGGUUUCAAGGACACCUUGGCUGAUGAACUUCUCUCGUUUGUUCUCAAGGCUACUAUUGAAAAGACUGGAAUUAACCCUGCCUUGGUUGAGGAUAUCACGGUCGGUAACGUCUCUGGUAAGGGUGGCCUAGCAACACCUGCCCGCAUGGCUUCCCUCUACGCAGGCUUUCCAGAAACAACCUCUGUCAGCACCAUCAACCGCCAGUGCUCGUCUGGUCUGCAGGCCUGUGUUCAGAUUGCAACUGCCAUCCAGGCUGGUUUGAUUGAAGUCGGUAUUGGAGCUGGCGUCGAAUCCAUGUCGGCCGAUUAUUUUUCCCGUGAUAUUCCUCUGUCCCAAAAGAUGAUCAAUGAAUCUACCACUGCCAGUGACUGUACCAUUCCCAUGGGCAUCACAUCCGAAAAUGUCGCUUCUGAUUAUGGAAUCUCUCGUGCAGAGCAAGACGCUUUCUCCGCAGAGUCCCACAAAAAGGCAGCCGCCGCACAGGCUGCUGGUUACUUUAAGGAGGAGAUUGUCGCUGUCGAGACCACUGUUCUGGAUAAGGAUGGCAAGGCCUCCAAGGUUCUGGUCGACAAGGACGAAGGCAUCCGUGCCUCGUCGUCUGCCGAGGCUCUUGGUAAGCUCAAGCCAGCCUUUAUUCCUACCGGCUCUACCACUGCUGGUAAUGCCUCCCAGAUCUCCGAUGGUGCUGCUGCUGUCCUGUUGAUGAAGCGCAAGACUGCUCAUAAAUACUCUCUUCCAAUUCUGGGCAAGUUUGUCACCUCUUGCUCCGUUGGUGUCCCUCCUCGUGUUAUGGGAGUUGGACCCGCCUACGCUAUCCCUGUUGUUCUCGAAAGAGCUGGCUUGAAGAUCGAGGAUGUCGAUAUCUUUGAGAUCAACGAGGCCUUUGCUUCCCAGGCGCUUUAUACCAUCAAGGCUCUCAACAUUCCUUUCCACAAGGUCAAUCCCAAGGGUGGCGCUAUUGCCAUUGGCCAUCCUCUUGGCUGUACUGGUGCCAGACAGGUUGCCACUCUUUUCCCUGAGCUCAAGCGUACCAACACAAGAAUCGGUGUUACUACCAUGUGCAUUGGUUCUGGCAUGGGUAUGGCUGCUGUCUGGGAGCGCGAGUAA